GUUAAUUGUGAGACCAAUCCACGUGUUUUACUGCCAGGACCAGAAAAGUUUCUCUAUGUAAAAAUUGGAGGUGUUAUUUUGGAGCAUUCAAGUAGAUGGAGCAACAACAAUACGCUAAGAUCUAUAUCAAGCACUGGCCAAUCGUGUAAAACUGCCAACCGAAUAGUUAUUCAUACAGCUUUAUAUACAGCUCUCAUAUGUCCAGAACCAACAAUUUCAAGGGAUAAAAUGGUGGAGGUAUUCUCGGAAGGUUGGAAUAUAAAAGGAAAUGCCGAAAACGUCAUAGGUCAAUGGUCGUUGGACAGAGUGGAUAUUGACCGACUGGGCAAAGAAUUAUCGCGUACGAUUAUCGUUGAGUUUUAUGGAAAGGAACCCGGAAGUUAUCCCGUCAUGUGGCUGGAAUUAUCCAAAAGGAAAGAUUACCCACCUAACGGUUUGGGAAUAUUUAUGAUAAGGCCCGAUCACUGCCAGUAUCGAUGUCCUGAACUUGACGCCUGCAUCAAUUCGACCGUUUGGUGUGACGGAAGAGAAGACUGCCCUUCUGGAGUCGACGAAGCCAUAACGCACUGUUCAAUUUUGCUUCAAUUGCCGCCAGUAUAUUUGUUCUUUGGUUCGCUAGUAAUCGUCAUUUUCAGUAUUGGAGUGACGUUUGCGCUUUGGAAAACUUGCAGAAGAAGACCGAGAUCGAUUCUUCAAACUCGACUGCAGAGCUUAUCUUCCGACACGGCCAUCAUCGACGAGAAAGGCGUCAUCUGUAGCUGACACAGCGACAAUUCUGUACGAUACGUCGAGAUCGAUCGCGUCACAACGGUGUGACGGCUCACCAGUUUCCUUCGCGUAUCGAACAGAAUUGUUAUUCAAUAGAUAUAUUUUUCAAUAUUUCUACAUUAAGGAUUUGUUGAUUUCAAGCGAUUAUUCCGUCAACAAUAUCAAAUUGAGAUAGGGGAAACUAGUUGGUUGGCGGGUUUCGCUUGAGACAGAAUCGAAAUUAUUUAUUUAAUAGACUUUUUGCUGCCGCUCUUUUAUACCGUUUUGUAAAUCUAGAGGUCCAGAAGUAAUGGAAAAGUAAAAAGGUAUAUAUUUGAAAUAAAAAAAUAUUCCACAUUGAUCGAUCAAAUGCAGUUUAAUUUUAUGAAGUUAUCAUAAACUGGCUAAAAUAACAAAUAACGUUUUUUAUAUCUCAUAUGAUCAUCAUUAUUUUCAGCUUAUUCAACCAUUUCCAAUUAUGUUGUAACUUCCCUCACAUGCUCUCUUUGUAGCUGGGCCCAUUGUUUUCUAUUGUUGGCUACGCGGGCCCAAGUUAUACUUGCUA